AUGAUUUUUAAGAUGAAUACCUACCUUGGCGAUAAAUCAAAUUCAUCGAUACCUGGAUAUUUGAAAGUGUCUGCACUAAAUAAUGGCAAUCUUUCUGCAAACAACUCCAAUGAGACAGCAAGCAAUCUGGAUUCACCUGCCUUGGAUAUCAGUAGGGCAAUAAUUGUGGGGCUUAUCCUAGGUGCCUUUAUACUCUUUGCUAUUAUAGGUAAUAUCUUGGUAAUUCUCUCUGUUGCUUGCAAUAGACAUUUAAGAAUACCUACAAACUAUUUCAUAAUUAACCUCGCAAUAGCAGAUUUGUUGCUGAGUUUUACUGUCCUUCCAUUCUCUGCUACACUGGAAAUCCUUGGCUACUGGGUUUUGGGGAGGAUAUUUUGUGAUAUCUGGGCAGCAGUUGAUGUGCUAUGCUGUACAGCUUCUAUUUUAAGUCUAUGUGCAAUUUCUAUAGAUAGAUAUAUAGGAGUACGUUAUUCUCUCCAGUAUCCAACUUUGGUAACAAGAAGAAGGGCAAUUUUAGCUCUCCUAGGUGUCUGGGUCCUUUCCAUGGUGAUUUCUAUUGGGCCUCUUUUGGGCUGGAAAGAACCAGCACCCAAGGACGAUAAAGAGUGCCGUAUCACUGAAGAACCAUUCUAUGCUUUGUUUUCUUCCUUGGGGUCAUUUUACAUUCCUUUAAUCGUCAUCCUUGUGAUGUACUGUCGGGUCUAUAUAGUGGCAAAAAGGACUACUAAAAACCUGGAAGCUGGGGUUAUGAAAGAAAUGUCCAACUCCAAGGAGCUGACUUUACGGAUUCAUUACAGGAACAUUCAUGAGGACGCAUUAAACAGCACCAAAUCCAAGGGUCACAAUCCCAGGAACUCCUUAGCUUUCAAACUUUUUAAAUUCUCUAGAGAAAAGAAGGCAGCGAAGACGUUGGGAAUUGUGGUUGGCAUGUUUAUCUUGUGCUGGCUACCCUUCUUCAUUGUUCUGCCACUAGGAUCUCUGUUUUCAGCUCUGAAGCCCCCUGAAACGAUCUUCAAGGUGAUUUUUUGGCUUGGCUACUUUAACAGCUGCUUGAAUCCAAUCAUCUACCCUUGCUCAAGCAAAGAGUUCAAGAGGGCUUUUAUACAGAUCCUAAAAUGCCAAUGCCACCGUCGAAAGCAGUUGGGGUGGUGGGCCUACAGCUACAGAAACUGGAAUCGGUGCUCCUUUGAACACCCUAGGAAGGACUCUCUGGAAGACAGCGGGAGUUUCCUAAGUGGCAGUCAGAGGACAUUAUCUUCAGCAUCUCCCAGCCCCGGCUACCUAAGCAAAAUCACUCACCCACAUAUGGAGAUGUGCACAUUCCAAGAAUGGAAAAACAGCUCUUUCCUGAGUCCCUUACAGGAAGGCAGCAGACAAAAGGACCCAUGCCAGUUCUUUACCUUCAAUCUCUUAACAGAGCGCAAUGGACACGUUCCUGCUGGCAGCCAAGCUUCCAGCAAUGGGGACCAUGAGACCAUCUGUGACACACUGAAUGGCAAAACCGACUGUAGAGCAAACAUGAUGCUGGAAUGA